UUUCACAGAUGUUAACUGCGCAUGCGCGGGAGAUCAAAUACAACACUAAGGAUGAUGGCGGAUUCGGGAAGUGAGGAUAUAGCAGUGGUGGGAAACACCGACCUGACUCCUUCAGCGUCAGAAAACAACAUUAAAAACACGAUGAUUGAAAAGGGUGCCAAUCUUUUGAAACGGGUGGAGAUUAGUGUAGCUGAGGCAGAGAAAAGAACCGGAAAAAAUGCGGUCAACAUGCAGGAAACCUACACGGUUUACCUCAUUGAAACAAGGCCAGUGGAUGCUGCAUCUGAGGGAACCAGUCCUGCCCCUGAAACGCUGUGGAGGCGCUACAGCGAGUUCGAGCUUCUCAGAAAUUACUUGCUGGUCACAUAUCCAUUUAUAGUUGUCCCACCUCUGCCUGAGAAACGCGCGGAAUUCGUGUGGCACAAACUGUCUGCAGACAACAUGGAUCCGGACUUUGUGGAACGAAGAAGGGUGGGGCUUGAGAACUUCCUGCUCCGGGUUGCCUCUCACCCUGUUCUGUCCACGGACAAGAUCUUUUACUCUUUUCUCACUGAGGAACAGAGCUGGAAGGAAGUUGUAUUUGAGACUGGAUUUCAGGCAAAGGCAGAUUCGAGGUUGAAGGCUUUGAAUGCAACCUUCAGAGUGAAGAAUCCUGACAAGAGGUUUGCAGAUAUGAAGCACUAUGGAGAUGAGCUCCAGUCUGUGAUAUCACAGCUGUUGCGUGUGCGAGCGAGAGUGGCUGACCGUCUUUACGGGGUCUACAAAGUGCAUGGAAAUUAUGGCAGAGUCUUCAGUGAGUGGAGCGCGAUUGAGCGAGAGAUGGGAGAUGGGCUGCAGAGUGCAGGACAUCAUAUGGAUGCGUAUGCUGCUUCUGUAGAUGACAUACUGGAGGAGGAGGAACACUAUGCUGACCAGCUGAAGGAAUACCUGUUCUACACUGAGGCAUUAAGGGCAGUGUGCAGGAAGCACGAGCUUUGUCAGUUUGAACUGGAGGUGGCAGGCCAGGAUCUGGCCGCCAAGAAGCAACAGAGGGAGGAACUAGCUACUGGGACAGUGCGAACCUUCUCUCUCAAGGGGAUGACCAGUAAGCUGUUUGGCCAGGAGACUCCUGAGCAGAGGGAGGCAAAACUGAAAAUUGUGGAAACCCAGAUUGAGGAGGGGGAGGAGAUUGUGAAAGAGAGACAAACCGAGUGCGAAGAGUUUGUGAAUAAUGCUUGGGUGGACAUUGAGCGGUUCAAAGAGCAAAAAGAACGUGACCUUAAAGAAGCUCUCAUCAGUUACGCCAUCAUGCAGAUCAGCAUGUGUAAAAAAGGAAUUCAAGUGUGGAAUAACGCUAAGGAGUGCUUUAGCAAGAUGUAAAUUGCGCCUCAAGCCAAGUUCCAGCACACAGCUGUACAAACUUCUCAGGGUAAGAGUGCUGAUAUCGGAUCAGUUUUUUUUUAUCUUUCAUCUCCAAAGGAAUAUAAUUAGAUGGACCAAACUGAUCCAAGAUCAGCACUCUUGCAGUGGCGCUCGGUAUGACUGCGCCCUAAGCACAAUCCUAGGGGUGUUAGAGGCACAGAAACUUAAGAAUUUGUGAUUCUUCAUUGCCACAUUAAUUAAACAACAAUUUCAUUAUAUUUUGAAAAUAUUCAGAGACUGCAGAAAAUGAUUAUUUAUUUAAAAUAAUGUUUACGGAUCUGAAGUAUACCAUAUUUCCAUUGUUAAAUCUAAGUAAAUAUCCAAAAUCUUUGUCAAUAAACACAAAUAUUUUAUGCUCGUCACAGAUAAUAGACUGAUGGAAUUUGUGUUGACUUUUUUUUGCUUUUUCAUGCAGACAUGAAAUCCUUGCCUUUUUGUAUAUUUUAUAUAUUUUAAAAACAGCAGUACAUUAGUGUCAGAUAUUUGCCAUAAGCGAUCCACGUGCAACAGUCUUGUUCUUAUGUAUGACAAGAUUAGGAAAGCUUAAUACAGAAGUUUAUUAUAAUUCUUUUGAACAAAUGGAACAGUUCAUUGUAAUGAAAUGUGAAAGUGUAAACAUAACGUUUAUUACAUAUACAGAGCACAGCUAAAGGUUACUUUCCCUACUGGAAGUAAAGCAAGCAGGCUUAUUGAUGUGUGUUCUAUCUAUACUCACAUGGCCUCCAGCUGAAAUCCCAGCCCUGAUGUUUAUCCUAACAUAUACUGUACACUCAUCAUUAGCACUGCAUGCUGCUCUGUUAAACACAAUCUGUUUAUAACUGCUUGCCCACACCCUUUUUAUGCUUCGGUUCUAGGCAGUAUGUAUGCUUGCUGUUUAUACCUUAUCCAAAAUCUUAUGUUUUUUUUUUUUUUUUUUUGGAAGCAGCUUCCACUAUUAGUGCCAGAUUUGGGAUAAAGUGUGGGCUGGUCAGGGUUUUGAUAAAUCUAGCUGAAUAUAAAUCUGGCAGAAGGAACAGGAAGUUCAUGCAGGAAAAGGAGGAUAUAAUAAUUUCCUCAUUUAACAGUUGUGUGUGUAUCAGAGCCCAGCCAGCUCCAACUCUUAGUCCCAUUUUAUGGUAGAAUAAUAUUGAGAGAUUUUUUUUCACUACACAUAUCAGAAUAAAAAUUGUAUAAAUUGGUGUUUAAAAAUGUAUUGUGCAUACACUAAUAAACAUGACAUUUUCUAAUAUA